UGUUUAUCUACAAAAAUGACUGAAGAUAAUCAAAGCAGUGACAAUGAAAGCCAUCAUGUGGAAGAAGAAGAACAUCCAAAAACACAAAACGCUGAUACCGAAGCAGAAACAGUGACGUUUAAAGAUUUGGGCGUGGUAGACGUUUUAUGCGAAGCGUGUGAAGAAUUAAAAUGGAAGAACCCAUCAAAGAUUCAAAAAGAAUCUAUUCCACUAGCUUUACAAGGGAAAGAUAUCAUUGGUCUUGCGGAGACGGGGUCAGGUAAAACUGGUGCAUUCGCGCUACCUAUAUUGCAGGCACUGUUGGAAAACCCGCAAAGAUAUUUUGCGCUGAUAUUGACCCCUACUCGGGAACUGGCAUUUCAGAUCUCAGAACAAUUUGAGGCACUGGGUGCAAGUAUAGGUGUUAAAUGUGCAGUAAUUGUGGGUGGUAUGGACAUGGUGGCACAGGCUCUGACACUGUCCAAAAAGCCACAUGUCAUAAUCGCGACGCCCGGGCGGCUUGUUGACCACCUUGAGAACACUAAGGGAUUCAAUUUGAAAGCAUUAAAGUACCUUGUGAUGGAUGAAGCAGAUCGCAUUUUAAACAUGGACUUUGAAGUGGAGGUGGAUAAAAUUCUCCGUGUAAUUCCUCGCGAGCGAAGAACUUUCCUCUUUUCUGCCACCAUGACAAAGAAAGUGCAGAAGCUACAGCGUGCAUCGCUGCAGGACCCUGUAAAAGUCGAAGUGUCUACAAAGUACCAGACUGUUGAGAAACUGCAGCAGUACUAUUUAUUUAUACCUGUUAAAUAUAAGGAUGUAUACCUAGUUCACAUUCUCAACGAGAUGGCGGGCAACUCGUUCAUAGUGUUCGUAGCAACUUGCGCGAACGCACUGCGCUGUGCUUUACUCCUGCGCAACUUGGGCCUCCCUGCGGUGCCGUUGCACGGGCAGAUGUCGCAAAAUAAACGUUUAGCUGCAUUGAACAAGUUUAAAAGCAAAAAUCGAUCAAUAUUGAUUUGUACCGAUGUCGCUUCUAGAGGUUUGGACAUCCCCCACGUGGACGUAGUGAUGAAUCUGGACAUCCCUUUGCACAGUAAGGAUUACAUCCAUCGUGUCGGACGGACGGCGCGCGCCGGACGCGCUGGAAAAGCUAUCACCUUUGUUUCUCAGUACGACGUGGAAUUAUACCAGCGCAUCGAGCAACUCAUCGGCAAGCAACUGCCGCUGUACAAGACGGAGGAGAGCGAAGUCAUGGUGCUGCAGGAGCGAGUCGCCGAAGCGCAGCGGCUUACUAAGAUUGAAAUGAAAGAAUUAGAAGACAAGAAGAGUUCAAAAGGCAGGAAGCGCGGCGCGGACUCUGACGAUGACACUGAGGAGGCGGCUGGUGUACGCAAGCGCAUCAAAGGGAAGCCUAAAUACAAUAAGAUGAAGAAAAAACGCUGA